AUGCUAGAAACCUAUGGUUUGCAUGAUAGUGCAUGGUUGGAAUCACUGUAUAAUGAUCGGCAUUUUUGGGUGCCGGCCUAUGUUAGAGACACAUUCUGGGCAGGAAUGUCUACUACACAGCGGAGUGAAGGAAUGAAUGCAUUUUUUGACGACUACGUUCACUCUAGAGCAACUUUGAAACAAUUUGUUGAGCAGUAUGAUUCGUUCCUCAGGAGGAAGGUAGAGAAUGAAGAAAUUGCUAACUUUAAUUCAUUUAACACGAACAUCCCUUGCAUCAGUCGCUAUCAUCUUGAGAAGCAAUUUCAAAAAGCAUAUACUCUUGCUAAACUCAAAGAAGUACAAGAGGAGCUGCGAGGAUUCCUAUAUUUGACUACCUCAUUGUCGGGAUGUGAGGGUAGUCGAUAUACGUUCAUAGUUGUGGAUGAGAUUCAGGUUGGUGAUGACUUCGUAAAACGUGUAACCUUUACUGUCAACAUUGAACAAGAUCCCCUUGAUGUGAAAUGCAGCUGUAAGUUAUUUGAGUUUAGGGGUAUAUUGUGCAGGCACGCCCUCCAUAUCUUAACUCAGAUAGGCCAAUAUACAGUACUGAAAAAAUACAUAUUGGACCGGUGGAGGAAGGAUGUUAAGCGAAAAUACACCUUCGUUAAAAGUAGUUAUGACACUAGUACCAAUGACGAUGCGCAAAGGUACGAUAGGAUUCAAAAUAGCUUCUAUGAGCUAUGUUCCAAUGCUUCUAAGGCCGAGAGCAGCUGUGUUAGAUUGAUUAGCCAGAUAGAACAGUUGAAGACACAGUACCCUAGUCUGCCUGAUCAUGAUACUAGAGAAGAAGUUGAUCCAGAUACUUCCACAACGAAGACAACAGGUAGAGUUCUUAGUCCGUUGGUCGUACGGAGUAAGGGAAGACCACCGUCUAAGAGAAAAGUACAUCCCGUUGAGAAGAGUCUUAAGAGAUCUAGUACGAAAAGACGACUACACCACAAUGAAACUGAGGAGGCUUCAGAGGAGGCUUCUGAUUCUGGGUCAGAACUGUCUUCCUUCAGCGAUUGUUAG